AUGUCUUCAUCUUCUUUUAAAGAAGAAAUUCCAGAAACUCCACGAUAUAUUGUUAAUAAGAGAAAGCUUCAAAAUUAUGAAACUAUGCAACACGCAAUAUUAAUUUCAUUAUUAAGCCCUUUUUGUGGGUUUUCAAUUAAGAAACCAAGAAAAAAAGCAAUAGUGAGACAUUGUAUGCCACGACUAAAGAGUCUUCUUUUUGAGAAUGAAGAAAUUGAAGUUAUUAAACUUGCUGACACUCUUUGUAGACCAAUUUUUGAAAAUGAAGUUGAAAAAGGAAUGAAUAAACAAACAGCUUUUAGAAGAUUUGAAAAAAACAAAAGAAUAUUUGUUAUUAACUUACUUUAUGACUUAUGCUUAGAAAAAGGAUAUUUCUUUGAUGCUAGACAAUCAAGAAAAACAGAAAAAACUAUUAGACUAGAUAGAAUUAAAAGAAUCUUUUUCAAAGGAAGAUAUUUAAUGGAUUUUGAUGAAUUAAUGGAACAAGGAGAACUUAUUAAUGAUUAUCUUAAUAGAAUUGUUUCAGAUAAAAGAGGGGUUAUUGCUCGUGCUGAUAAAAAACUUAUGAAUUUCACUUCAUUUAAUUUUAAAAAGCUUACUACUUGUUAA